UUUGCUCACAUUUCAAUAUCACAUGAAGUUGAUAAAUGUUACAUUACUGUGACAUGGGAGAAUUUGGAGGCCAUUGUUAGAAAAGGAAAGAAUAAAAAACUAAUUCUGCAGGGACUUAUAGGUUAUGCCCAGCCAGGGAAGCUUUUGGCUGUAAUGGGUCCUUCCGGCAGCGGCAAAUCAACACUCCUUGAUGCAUUAGCAGGAAGAUUGAGCUCAAACAUACAGCAAUCAGGGACGAUUCUAAUCAAUGGCAAAAAACAAACACUGGCUUAUGGAACAUCAGGCUAUGUAACACAAGAUGAUGCUAUGCUGUCGGCUUUAACAGCUGGUGAAACUUUAUACUACUCAGCUCAACUUCAAUUUCCGAAGUCAAUGUCCAUAGCAGAGAAGAAGAGACAAGCAGAUAUCACACUUACAGAAAUGGGCCUGCAAGAUGCUAUUAACACAAGGGUCGGAGGGUAUGGUUCUAAGGGCCUAAGUGGAGGGCAAAAGAGGAGACUUAGCAUUUGCAUUGAGAUGCUAACACGCCCAAGACUUCUUUUCCUUGAUGAACCAACAAGUGGACUUGAUAGUGCAGCUUCCUACUAUGUUAUGAGUAGAAUUGCAAGUUUACGUGUAAGGGAUGGUAUUCAAAGGACGAUUGUUGCAUCCAUCCAUCAGCCUAGUAGCCAAGUUUUUGAACUAUUUGAUGACCUCUGUCUUCUUUCCUCUGGGGAGACGGUAUAUUUUGGUCCAGCUUCUGAAGCAAAUCAGUUUUUUUCUUCAAAUGGCUUCCCUUGCCCAACUCUCUACAAUCCUUCUGAUCACUACUUAAGGAUCAUAAACAAAGAUUUUGAACAGGUAUUUAUUCAAACCCUCAGUCUAAAUAAUGAUAUUUUACUGUUAUAUAUAUACAUAAUCAAAAAUCCUUGUAAAUUCUUAUAAAGCGUCC